AGAUUUUCAAAUCAAAUAUGAUGCUCAAAACAAUUCUCCUUCUGGUUUUCGCUCAAUGUGCAUUAUCGGGAAGAUUGAGCGGUAGAACUCAGGCGGAUUGCAUUGCUUUUGCCAAUAAUAUUUUCAAACAACAGGGGUUCAAUCAUCUUUUGGUAUACGACAAGGAGCUUGAAGCCUACGCUGCUCAGACUCAAUGUGGCACCUCUUUCCUAUCAAUGGGACUUAUCGAGUUGGGUCAUGGUGGCUCGUAUUCCUCAGUGAAUCUCAGAAAAGAUCAGACAAGAAUCGCAUGUGCCAAAAAGGAUUGUGGCGGGCUGCAGUUCGCGUGUGCCGUAGAUGGUCCAAGGCAGGGAAAUACGGCUGGACUUUCAGCACCCAGAAAUCCAGCACCAGCAACCAUAAGUACAAUUGACAACAGUGAAGAAGUGGAGGAAUCUGAUGAAGAACUGCAAAAGCCACCGAAAUGGUCGCAAAAUGGAUUUCCAUUUAGGAAUUCUGAAGCUGGGACUGUGUACUGGGUGAAUACAUCGCGAGCCGCCGCCAGAACUACCGUAUUUCUAGUCGGCAUUCUCGUUUUUAUAGGGAUUUGAACUAUUUUGGGUAAUAAAUAUU